GGACGCGCAACGCCUCUCGCUGCGCCGCGCGCGAGUCUGGGCGGGGAGGCGGGAGCCAGGAAGCGGCGAGCGCCGGGGAGCGCAGCUGCGGGCGUGGGGGCGGCAGGAGCCGCGGAGCCGGCGCCGAGAGCGGCUGCUGCCGGAGCGGGCGGCCGAGACAAAGGCGACGACAGGGCCAGUUUGGAGUGUGUGGAUUUGUGAGUGAAACCUUGACCCCACAUGAGAAGAAACCUUCAAGGAACAACUAUUGGCAGAGUCAUCUGUGUGCAUAAUAUGGAAUGUUCUCAACCCAGACAUAGCUGAAUGGGUGGCUCCAUUGAUGAGGAGUGAUUACCUGGUAUAGGCUCUAGGUCAAGACAACAAUUUUUAUACCUUCCUGGUGGUUCAGAAAUGAGUCUAUAGAACCAGAAGCAAAGAAAGGAAACAAUAUUUUUCUUUAUUCAGUCGACUAUAUAAGAUACUUGGCUUCCAGGAACAAAAAACACAGUGAAAUAAUAAGAUUAUCAUUUUGCAUCAUUGGAGCGUGUUUUUGUGGAACUUCCUGAGUUGAGAUUUGGAUUCUUCAUCGGUGCUCAUUUAUACCUUGGACUGUAAGCAUGAGUGAAUUCUGGUUGUGUUUCAACUGCUGUAUUGCAGAGCAGCCUCAGCCUAAAAGGCGACGACGGAUUGACCGAAGUAUGAUUGGAGAGCCGACAAACUUUGUACACACGGCUCACGUAGGAUCGGGAGACCUCUUCAGUGGAAUGAACUCAGUCAGCUCCAUCCAGAACCAGAUGCAGUCCAAGGGGGGCUACGGCGGGGGCAUGUCUGCCAAUGUGCAGAUGCAGCUCGUGGACACGAAGGCAGGAUAACCCCGGGUCCCCUCUCCAGUCAUUGUGAAUUUCUAUAUUUCCUCUGUCCACUAUUCUAUAAUUUUUUUUUGGUCUUGUGAUUGUGGUUUCUUUUUUAAUUAUAAAAAAGAAGUGUGAUGGCAUCUGUUCACCCUCUUGUGAUUACUCCAGUGACACUUUACUGUUCUGCUCUGAGGAAGAUACUGUCAGACGAAUCCUGCAUUUUCUUCAGCUGGCAUGCAUGCCUUGGACUCAUGGACAGAGUUCUUUGGAUUGUAGCUGAAUAUCUAAAUGUUUAAUCAAUAUGGAUCUGAUCUUCGCAUGAUUUUUGUGUGAAUGCUAAAACCAUUUUGCAACUUUUUUCAAUUUUAAAAUGUUUUCUAUUCACCGCCAACCCCUCUACCUUUUAUCAUUUUAUUAGAAAGGAAGGACCUGCUAUUAUUUGCUAACUUACCACCAUUUAUGUAUAUUUUGGAAGGUAUGAGACAGACCCACAAGCACAAUGAUCAUUUUUGUUUUUGAAACUUCAGCAGAAUAGAUUAUCUGCAUGCUUUAUGAAGUUGUUUUGAUGGGAGCCCAUGGGAUGCCCUGGGCUGAUGAUACUGCUGCUAUUAGAUACAGAAAGUUUAGCUGUGGCACCAAGGCACAUCAUCUUCACAGAAAAAGGUAACUUGUAGCUUAUUUUAGAAUUGCAAUAAAAGAAAAAGCUUGCAUUCAUAAGGCAUUCAUUCUGUUGUAAAUGUUCAAUAUAUUUAUUUUGAGAUCAAGGACCUGUGAUUGUAACAGGUGUGGUUGUGUAUCUGCGUGUUGUGGUAAUACUCUUCCAGUCUGAUUCUGAGCAUCUUAUUAGCUGUUCAUUCUCUGUGUACUUACUUUUAUCUUUGUUUUUAUAUUUAAUAUUAUGGUAUCCAGUUGUUUCCAGUAGCAAUUUGUUGAACUUCUGUCCAGUACUGUAACUGCACACCUCUGGAGUCCUUGGCUUUUCUGUAUUGGGGGGGCAUGGAAGUUGCCAAGAGCAGCACACCGACCUGGCUAAAUUGUUGCCAGUGAAAAAACCACCAACGUGGUGAGAAGCUUUUGCUCAGGUUCCAAUAUAUGUUUGUCCUCAACAAAUUUUGUGUAUUCAUAUAUUUUUGUAAAGGUUUCUUCUUCGCUCUUAGACUGUAGUGUUGAGUGAGUCAGUGGUUUGUGUUCAUUAAAAUGUUUAAAUCCUAUGUCCAAUUCAGGCCUUUCUAACUACAUUUGGUAAGAUUAAAAAUUUCAUGCAACAAAUGGGGCUUACUUGAAAACUUACAGAGCUAUAAGAAAUUAGGUAAUUAAAGGAAUAGUGAUCAUUUUCUCAUCUGCUUUCAUUUAUACCUUUUACCUUACCUUAGUCCCAAGUUCUAUGAAACUGGUAACUGAAUAAAUGUUAGGUUGUUAGGUUUAUGUAGCCAAAACAUGAAAGCACUUCUCUGAACCCAAUUCUUUUGAAUUUAAUUUAGCCAGUCCGGUGGGGCACCUUGUAUUUUGCACCUGCCUCAGUCCCAAGCCCAGAGAGAAUCUGUCAAGGAGAGACAUAAGGACUCCUCAAAAUAGGCAAUUUACAGUUUGUAUAAUAACUUAUAAACUUUAACUUACUGUGUGGACAUGGCAUUCUGGAAUUUGCCUGAGUACCGUUGUCAUUUUGCUCAGCCAGGGUCAGUUACUUGCCAGGAUGUUGCUGUGUGCAAACUCCUUUAAAAGACAGAUUGAUGCUAUUUAAUUUACUUCUAUUUUGACUGUUUAAAUUUAGUAUAGUUUUUCUAUUUGUCAUAUAACUCCUGGAACUGCAAUACAGGGAACCAUGGGCCCUUUUUCCCAACUUAUGAUUUGAUUUUAUUCUCUUUUCCAAUCGCUGUCUUUCCUGCUGCUCCAAGGACAGCGAGUGUUCUCCACGGGCAAGCCAAAAGCUGGGCUUUUUAGCCUGUAACUAUUCUGCAGCUGCCACUAACUCCACAGGCACAGUUAAUAACUACAUUGUGUACAAGAACACAUGCCAAUGGUGCCUGGGAAAAAGUGCCAGAAAAAUCAAGAAAAUUACAAAAAAAGGGAGAUUUGAGAGUGUGAAGAGAGGCAGCUUUCCACAUUCAUAAAUGGAAUUGCUUGUAAAUCUUGGGAGCUCAUUUGUUCCCCAUAGCAGUGUAUCUCAUUUUUAAAUUGAAGCUAAUUAGGAUUUUACUACUCGAAAUUUAUUAUACUGUUAAUACUUUGCUGAAAUAUAUGCUAACAACUGUUAAGCAAGGGAAGCCUAAUGAAGACUUAAUCACACGGAUUCUGUUAGCAGUGAUCUGUUUUCUGUAAAAGGUACUUUCCCAUGAUGUGGGCACGAACUGCUGGUGCCAGUGAGCAGAAAUGUUGACGGCAGUUGACACUGGGCUCAGCAUUUCCAGUGCAGCAAUAUCAGUGGGCCUUUAAAAAUACUUUGUUGAGCACAUUAGCUUUCACUUUUGUUAUUAAAUUAUAGCAGUUUCAUUAUAGAGAACAAGUUUGCCUUGAUUUUAGUUAAAAUGACUUCUGCUCAGCACCCAGAAGAUAAAAUUGACUUAUUUUUAUAAUAUAAGCAUACUUUUUUUGUACAUUGUGUUCAUCCUUGAAUAAAGUGAGUUCAGUGUUGGCUUGUAGAUAUUAAAAAUAAAGUAUUGAUUUUGAUUCAAUAAAUGUCGUCUUUCUAUCCUG